GCCUUCGUGGGGUGGCCAUGUCCGAAGGGGAGAGCAAGGACAGCUCCGGCAGCGAGUGCCCAGUGUGCUACGAGAAGUUCCGCGACCUGGAGGGCGCCAGCCGCACGCUGAGCUGCGGCCAUGUGUUCUGCCACGACUGCCUGGUCAAGUACCUGCUCUCCACCCGCGUGGACGGCCAAGUGCAGCGGACCAUUGUCUGCCCGAUCUGCCGCUACGUCACCUUCCUCAGCAAGAAGAGCUCCCGCUGGCCCUCGGUGCUGGACCGCAGCUCGCAGACCCUGGCCGUGCCCGUGGGCCCGCCCGACACCCUGGGCCACACGAACCCCCUGGCCGCCGCCCAGCAGGUGAGGAGGCCGGCCCCGAGCCAGGGCGCCCCGCUGCCCUUGGACCUGCCGUCGGGCCUGGCCCGGGAGCCGCAGAUCUUUGUCAUCAGCCGCCACGGGAUGCCCCUGGGGGAGCAGGACAGCGUGCUGCCACGGCGCAGCCUGGCCGAGCUGUCAGAGGCCUCCCCGGCCCCCAGCUCCGGCAGGGCCUUCUGCUGCCGCUCGCGGGCCCUGCUGCUCAUCACCCUUGUCGCCGUGGUGGCCAUGGUGGCUGCCAUCCUGCCCUGGGUGCUGCUGGUGAGGAAGCAGGCCUGA